AUGACAAAGGUAAUUUCCCUGUGACCAGGUUAUGUAACUCUACUAAAUCUAGUGUAUACAGCUCUGCCAUGGCUACUGGAUUAUUCGAUCCCCCACCUCCCUACGCUGGACAACUAGAGCCUCAAAUUAAUGAAUCAUUUGACUCUUGUCCCAACGGCUGUGAUACUGGGGCCCUCACCCACAGCCAACUAAAGGACCACCUGUUGGACUGCCCCCUACAACUAGUGGAGUGUGAGUUUGCUAGUGCUGGAUGUAACGUGAAGGUUCCUCGAAGAGAUCUGGCGGGUCACAUGACAGAGAAUGCCCAACACCACCUCAUGACAGCCACCCUCCUCAACCUGAGACUCACGAGAGAGCUACAUCAGAGAAUGGACCAGAAAGAUAAACAGAUAUCCGAGCUACAGCAUACGAUUGCUAACAUGGACACUCACUUGAAGCUACUAACUCCAUCCUCUACAAAUGGCUACAUUUGUCACAAUAUCAUUAUGAGUGAUGUCAAUCAAUUCUUAGCCUCAGGAAAUUGGACCAGUGACACCUUUAUGGACCAACGUGAAGCAAUGGAGUUCAAGCUGGUCAUUGGCAUAAAGAAUCUUAAGAAACAUUCGAGCCUAACAGCAUGGCUAACUGUCUACAGAUACAACAAGCAAAGAGUCCGCCUCAAUGCAUCUUUUAAUUACGAUUUGGUCAUCAAGAUUCUUAGUCAUACACAGGAAAGGGAUACAUUUGUUGUGUCUUGGGAGAGCGCAGAUGGACAAGCACACCUGUGCGAUACGUUGUUCCCCCUGGACGAGCUACUUGUCAAGAACACGUCGUACGUCAAAGACAAUAGACUACAUUUCCAGCUCUACUUGAAGACUAAAUGAUCAAUGACUAGCGUUUGUAGCUACAAAAAUGUUGUACUGUAUAGUGUAUAGACUUGUAUA